GAGAGUUAAAAGCUGUGUCACCUGCGGGUCUGGGAGACAGACAGCCAGCAGGAGGGGGACAGGUGGAACAGCCAUGACAGGUGGUUGAGAGGCCAGGUGGACAGUGGGAGACUUGACUGGCAGGGUGGCAGGCAGAUGAAAGGACUGGCAGGUAGGUGGCCAGGCAGAUAGCAGAGAGACCCGACAGGCUGAGAUUGCCAACAGCCACGUGGAGGAACCGGCAGGCAGGCAGGCAAGGGACAGGCACAGGGAGAGCUGGGCGUGUGGACCUCCCUGUGGGGCUGCUGGCGGAAGGGACAGGGAGAAGGACGGGCCAAGUGGCAUCUCUGAGAGGCCCCACCCUUUCCCCCAGAACCUGGAGGUGGCUCACCAUGGGGUCCAGAAUCUUUCUGCUCCUUUGUUUUAUUGGGCUCAGCCACGAGGCCAAAGAGAAGAUUGUUAAUGGCACGGAAUGCGUCCCUCACUCGCAGCCUUGGCAGGUGGGGCUGUUUGAGGGCACCCACCUGCGCUGUGGGGGGGUCCUCAUUGACCCCAGGUGGGUCCUCACGGCUGCUCACUGCAGUGGCAGGUACUGGGUGCGCCUGGGGGAGCACAGCCUCAGCCGGCUGGACUUCACGGAACAGAUCCGGCGCAGCGGCCUCUCCGUGACCCACCCAGGUUACCAGGGAGCCUUGAAGAGCCAUGACCAUGACCUCCGGCUUCUGCGACUGGGCACCCCCGUCCUCCAGACUUUCAGUGUCCGGCCCCUGCCCCUGCCAACAUCCUGUGCGGCGGCUGGCACCGAGUGCCACAUCUCAGGCUGGGGCACCACCAACCAGCCAUGGAGCGCGUUCCCUGACCGGCUCCAAUGCCUCAACCUCUCCAUCGUCUCCGAAGGCACCUGCCGGGCUGUGUUCCCGGGGAGAAUUACCGACAACAUGGUGUGCGCGGGCGGCUCUGCUGGGGAGGACGCCUGCCAGGGUGAUUCUGGGGGCCCCUUGGUUUGUGGAGGAGUCCUUCAAGGUCUAGUAUCCUGGGGGGCCGUGGGGCCGUGCGGGCAAGAUGGCAUCCCAGGAGUCUACACCAAAAUUUGCAAAUAUGUGGACUGGAUCCGGAUGGUCAUAGGGAACAACUGACCUGCUCCGUCUACCUUCCGGCCUCAGCUUGGGGGCCACUUUGACGCUCAGAAAGACAGAUCAGAGAGGGUGUGGCUCUCCCUCGGGGGCCACGUAGCAAUGGUGGAGGGAAAGUUACUUCUGUCUUUUUUUUUUUUUUUUGUCUUUGUUGUUGUUGUUGUU